AUGGAAUUUUCACUUGGGCGAUUCUUGGAAGUUUGGAGUGUUUGGCAAGCAAUCUCUGGCAUGUUUGAAGACAUUAACAAUGAUUCAAAGACGUUGUUUUCCAAGGACUACUUCAAUAGAGUCUUGCAGACUAUUGUGGACAGACAAUACCUUCAGAGGCCAUUAAUUGAGAAGACAAUUGAUCUUCAUGUUAUAGAUCUGCAGAUGGGGAUGUGUCAAGGUCAAUUCGUCCUUUUGACCCAAAAAAAAAAAAGGGCAAUUCGUCCUUCUCACAUGGUGUUUUCAAGGCCAAAUUGCUUCUAAACCACAAAAGGAAUCAUUUGUAGCUUGAACAGGUUUGAACACUUGGCCAAUUGGAUAUUUAUGAUGAAUAUACAGACAGAGGAAACCCAGUCUUCCUGCAUAUUGCACAUUUUUUGGCUUGUGAGUUCCUGUCUCUGCUAUGCUCCAACAGCAUUUGCAUAAGCUCGGGCUUCUUGUAGACAUGUAGCCAACCUUUACAUAUUUGGUGUAACUUGGUGAUAGUUGUCAUAUGUAUCACUUUGUGUUCUAUAUUGAAACUUUGCAGCAUGUUGCUAAGCCCCAAUCAUGUUCAAUAAAAUUGAAAAUAUAUUGAAGGAGUAGUUAAAAUCAUGAAGGAUGUGGUGC